AUGGAUACAAAGGAACAAAAAACUCAUAGGCCGCGCCAAUCUGGCGCCAAGAAAGAUAAAAAAACAAAGAAACAGAAAAAAUUCGAAGAUAAAAACCCCAAAGCUUUUGCACCAGCAUCCGGAAGAAAAGCUGAUAAACUUGCAAGGCGUAAACAAGAAUUAAUCCAAAAGAAGCUCCAUGUUCCACUCGUAGAUCGAACUCCACUGGAACCACCUCCAGUUGUUGUUGCAGUAGUUGGACCACCUCAGACUGGUAAAUCGACGUUAAUAAAAUCCCUUGUGAAACGAUAUACUAAGCACAAUCUUACAGAGGUUAAGGGACCCAUCACAGUCAUUAGUGGCAAAAAAAGGAGGAUAACGUUUAUUGAAUGCGCCAAUGAUAUGAAUUGCAUGAUCGAUGUUGCCAAAAUAGCAGAUUUAGUAUUACUAUUGAUUGAUGCAAGUUUUGGAUUCGAAAUGGAAACUUUCGAAUUUUUAAAUAUACUGCAAGUUCAUGGUUUUCCAAAAAUCAUGGGGGUUCUUACACAUCUGGACAAAUUCAAAAAUAAUAAAACACUUAAAUCAACUAAAAAACGGUUAAAGCAUCGGUUUUGGACGGAGAUUUAUCAAGGUGCAAAGCUUUUUUAUCUUUCCGGAAUAAUAAAUGGUCGAUAUCCAAACCAAGAAAUUCAAAAUCUAUCAAGAUUUAUUUCUGUAAUGAAAUUUCGACCUUUAAUAUGGAGAAACACACAUCCAUAUUUAGUCGCUGAUCGUGUAGAGGACUUAACUGAUCCUGAGGAAGUCCGGCAGAAUCCAGUAUGUGAUCGUACAGUGACUUUGUAUGGAUAUUUACGUGGAACAAACAUGAAACCCAAUAUAAGGGUACAUAUCCCUGGUGCUGGCGAUCAAUAUUUGACGGAUAUUUCAAUUCUUCCUGAUCCAUGCCCAUUACCUGACAAAGCCCGAAAGAGCUUAAGCGAAAAGCAAAAGCUUAUUUAUGCCCCAAUGUCAGAUGUCGGUGGGAUUAUGUAUGACAAAGAUGCAGUAUAUAUCAACAUUCCGGGGAGUUUUACAAAGACAGAUGAUAACGAAGCAGAAUUUGAGAAGGGGCCAGGUGAAAGAAUGGUGAUCAGUUUGCAAGAUGCCUCAGACACACUUGCAUCUAAAUUACAAGAAGCAUCGCUUUCUAUUUUUGCAAAUUCUGUCCCUUUAAAAGCUUCUGAUUUGAAUGAAAAACUGUACGAAUCAACUGAAAAUAACAAAUUUGAACGUACACGACGAAGAGUAACAUUUAAUGAUGAAAACGAAGAGACUUACAUGAGUGAAGAAAAUUCUUCAAUAGAAAACGAUAAUGAAUUGGCAUUGAACAAGCAUGAUAUGGGAAAUUCAGAAGGCAAUAUCAGUAAAGAAAUUGCAUUUGUUGAAAGUGAUAGUGAUAUAAGUGCUGAGAAUGAUGAAGAGCUGGAUGAGAAUAGGCCUGACAUUGACGGAGCAUUAAGGUGGAAAUCCAAUUUAACAAAUAAGGCAGAAAAGAUGUUCAUUGCGAAUCGCAGAGUGAAUAUUAUGCAAUUAAUUUAUGGUGAGGAGGUACCUGAUGAAGUAGCAUGUAAUAGCCUUUCAAAUUCAACACAGGAUGCUAAGAGUAAAAAUUAUGAGUGCCCUCUUAAACACGAAGAAGAUUUCUUCAGAAUUGCAAAUGAUGAUACCGGAAAUGCCAAGAUAUUAGAGGCGAUUGAUUCUUCUAAAUCAUGCUUUGUUAUCGAAAGCCUUGAUGAAUGGGAUGAUGAAACUGUCCUUGAAUCUAUAAGAAACAGAUUUAUUACAGGAAGUCUUGAAGAUGAUAACUCCACUGGGUUGAAUAAUUCAGAUAACAAUGAGGAUGAUGAAGCAUGUGGUGAUUUUGAAGACCUUGAGACCGGUGAAAUUGUAAAAGUGAGGCAAUCAAAAAAAGUAGAAGAAGCAAAGGAAGAACUUGAACAAGAAACUCUUGCUCAAAAAAGGAUUUUACUAAAGAAAAAGUUUGAUGCAGAAUAUGAUAACAAAGAUGAUACGGCUAAAACCGAUUUUUAUGAUGAAUUGAAAGAAGAAAUUUCAAAACAAUUGCAGCUGAAUCGUGAAGAAUUUGAUGAUGAUGAUCCACAUACUAGAAUAAUGGUUGAGGGGUUUCGUCCAGGAACUUACGUUCGAAUUUUAUUAAAGGGAGUGCCUUGUGAGUUUGUCAAUUACUUUGACCCAGUGUACCCAGUAAUUGUUGGAGGGCUGCUGACUGCCGAGGAGAACUUGGGAUUUAUCCAGGUUCGCAUCAAACGUCACAGGUGGCAUAAAAAAAUCCUAAAGAAUAAGGAUCCGCUCAUAUUUUCUCUUGGUUGGAGACGUUUUCAAUCGAUACCCAUUUAUUCUUUAAAUGAUAAUACAAGAAACAGAAUGCUAAAAUAUACACCAGAACAUAUGCAUUGCAUAGCAACCAUAUAUGGACCUAUUCAUCCGCCAAACACUGGUUUUUGUGCGGUACAAUCUGUAUCAGAAGACAAUGUAGCAACAUUUCGUAUAAGUGCCACAGGAACGGUUCUUGACAUUAAUCAUUCAUUUGAAAUUGUUAAAAAAUUGAAACUGGUUGGUACACCUUACAAAAUAUUCAAAAAUACUGCUUUCAUAAAAGAUAUGUUUACUUCUGCAUUGGAAGUAGCGAAAUUCGAAGGUGCUGCAAUAAGGACUGUGUCUGGUAUUCGUGGACAAGUAAAAAAGCCAUUAUCUAAGCCAGAAGGACAUUUUAGAGCUACUUUUGAAGAUAAAAUUUUAAUGAGCGCUUGGUAUCCUGUUACACCAAAGAAAUUUUAUAACCCUGUAACGUCAUUGCUACUAUCGACAAAGACAAAAUGGCAAGGCAUGCGUUUGACUGGUGAAAUUCGAAAAGAUUUAGACAUUAAAACACCUAUUAAUCCCGAUUCUCAAUAUCGAAAAAUUGAACGGACAAGUCGUCGUUUCAAUCCGCUUCACAUUUCAAAGUCAUUACAAGCUGGAUUACCAUUUGCCUCUAAACCCAAAUUGUUGAAAAAACAAUCUAGGCAGACAUACAUACAAAGACGUGCCGUGGUUUUAGAACCACAAGAGAAAAAA